GAUCACAAAACAUUUGAAAAGUUUGUUCGGCCGGUGACUGUAUCUGGGAUUUGCUCCGAAAACGACGAGACGAUGAAAAGCUGAUCAACACCACCAUCAAAAUCAACAUCUACAUCUAAUCUUUUGUUAUCUAGCCAAUUACAUAUAUAUUAAACAAGAUGGAUCUACAAGGGCAUGGGCAACCCCAGGCUAGCAACAUCAUGGGUAAUGUACCCCAGUUACCAUAUGCAACAAAUCCAUAUGAUUCAACCCAAAUAAGUGGGGCCCCUGGCAGAGGACCAGUAGUAACAUCUGGUGGCCCCAUUCCAGCCACCACUCAGCCCACGGCCGCUCAAUUGGCUCAACAACAGCUGGCUUAUCAGCAAAUCCAACAACAGCAACAGCAGCAACUUCAGCAGCAGCUCCAGUCAUUUUGGGCAAACCAGUAUCGAGAAAUCGAAAAUGUGAAUGAUUUCAAGAACCACAGCCUUCCGUUAGCAAGAAUCAAGAAGAUCAUGAAGGCUGAUGAGGAUGUGAGGAUGAUAUCAGCAGAGGCACCUAUCGUGUUUGCAAGGGCAUGUGAAAUGUUCAUUUUGGAAUUAACUUUGCGUUCGUGGAAUCACACUGAGGAAAACAAGCGGAGGACCCUACAAAAAAACGAUAUUGCUGCUGCUAUCACAAGAACUGAUAUUUUUGACUUUUUGGUUGAUAUUGUGCCAAGGGAGGAUAUCAAGGAUGAAGCUAUGACAUCAAUGCCAACUGUAACUGUGCCAGUUGGCGGGCCUUCGGACACGUUUCCUUACUAUUACAUGCCAGCUCAGCAGUCACUGCAGUCGGGAACACCAGGGAUGAUAUCAAACAAGCCUAUGCUGGAUCCUGCUCUUUAUGCACAGCAGCCUCCCCCUUAUAUGGCUCCAGCAAUUUGGCCGCAGCCACCUCAGCAGCCUCAAUCACCCUCGGAUUCAUAGAUGUUCAAGAGUAAUAAUCCAUCGUUAAAAGCAUUCGCUUUUCUUGAUAUCUAGAGAAAUGCGGAUGCUUACUUUUGGGACGGAGGGAGUAAGAAGAACGGUCUGCAUGCGUGUCUGAUGCCAAAAUUGUAACAAUGGAGCAAUCUUCCAUGAUUAGAAGAGAAAGAGGAUCACGAACAGAAUGGCAUCUAAGAGGAUUGAUAGGUUAAAGGAGAUAUGUGACUCUUAUAUCGACCAAAACAUUUGUAGCUUCGUAUUUAUAAUCCAAAAAAAAUUCUUGGGUUCCCUAGAACUGGUUUUGUAUGAUAUACUUCUAUGCAUUCAUUAUAUCAUAUAGUUGUCUGAUGUAUGUUGAUUACUGAG